UCGUCGUCCUCGUCGCCGUUCUCGAUUCCAUCGGCUGUAUCAUCAGCAAGGAUACCAUCAUUAUUGCGUCGCAAUGACAGUGCCAUGGAGAGUUUGAGCAUUAGUGAGCCAGGAGUAGAUGAGGAAGAUGAUCAGCAGUUUAGUUUUCGUUAUCCCAGCUAUAUGUUUCCCGAUGCUGAAUACGACAAAGAGGAUGUGCCCUUGCAGUUUAAGGCUACGCCCGAUUCGUUGUUCAAUCUUUGUGCUGCGGUAGUUGAUGCCCAGGGCAGAACUGAGGUAUUCAAAUGGAGCAUAGAAGAUGUCGCUGAUUGGUUACGAAAUUUCGGUUAUCCAGAAUAUGAGCAAACAUUUAAGGAGAAUUACAUAGAUGGACAUAAGUUGCUUAAUUUGGAUGCCAUUGCUUUGGUGGCUUUAAAUAUAAAAGAUUUUGAGCACAUACGACAUCUGGGACGAGGGAUUCGUGCUCUCUAUCGCAAGGAAUUGCAAACGGCCACGGAAACCAAACAUCACAGUGAAGUCUAUAAAACAUUUAGAUCACGCACUGGUCGGAAAUAUGAAGGACUACGGGAAUCUGAACUAUUGGGACGCAUGCAUAUGAUACGUUCUGUAUUUCGUGAUCUCAGCGAAUGGGAUCUAAUGGAAUUGCAUAUGGCCAGAACACCAGUUAGACGCUAUCGUGAAGUGUUGGCUGGUACCAGGCGUUAUAAUCUUUAUGGACCAUCAACGGCGCGCAGGGAACCCGUUGUGGUCGAUGAUGUCGACAAUACUCCUUGGUUCACCUACGGCGAUUGCUAUUGAGAUCUUUUCGAAA